AUAUGGAAUUUUACAUUACUUUGUAGCCUUGAAACUGACUUGUUCACUUCUCAUAGCUAAAAUCUAUUUCCCACACUGUUAAACAUGAGAAAAGCUGAUGUAUAGUGUUGUUGAAACCACCUACUUUUCUACUGACCUAAAUGAUCACAUCUUUUCCUUUUCCUUUCUGGAUGUAGCUUUGGAAUCAAACCCUUCUGAUCAUCUAAAGGAAACACCAAUCUUCCCAAGCAAAUGUCAAUCAUAUGCCCAUGAUUGGAAGCAGAACACCACUUUGAAAUACGUAACACCAGGGCAGCUUCCCAGGAUGUACAGCUUCUGCUCAACAAUAUUUCUAGAUGACAGCACACUCAGCCAGCCUAAUUGUGCCAACAUAAUACAAUGACUUUAUGGUAGAAGAGAACAUCAUGUAGCAACUUAAGAGUCCAGGAAAGGUGGACUUCUUUUAUAUUAAGCAUUGAUGUUGUAAGGCAGUUAAUCAUAAACUGCAAAUGUGAUUUCUUUGUAUAUUGCAAGAAAAAAGCAGUUGUGUGCGAGUUAAAGGUUUAAAAUAUUUCCUACUUGAGAAAUGCUUCAGGGAUAAAGGAGAAGCUUUUGCUCUACUGGUACCACAGCACAUCAAUAUUUGAAUUUUCUCCAUCACAAAAGAGCAAUAGCAUGACACAUU